UUAUGGAACAGUUCAAUCCAGGACUGAGGAAUUUGAUAAAUCUGGGGAAGAAUUAUGAAAAAGCUGUUAAUGCUAUGGUAGUGGCUGGAAGAGCAUAUUAUGAUAGCCUUGCAAAGAUUGGGGAUAUAUCAGCUGAUUCACCAGUUUCUAAAGAAUUAGGCCAAGUUCUCAUUGAAAUUUCAAGAACACACAAGAAACUUAAUGACAGUCUAGAGGAGAGUUUCAAAAAAUUUCAUAAGGAAAUUAUAUCUGAACUGGAGAAGAAAACAGACCUGGAUGUAAAAUACAUGACUGCAACUUUAAAGAGGUACCAAACUGAACACAGAAGCAAAUUAGACUCUUUAGAGAAGUCUCAAGCUGAGCUGAAGAAAAUCAGAAGGAAAAGCCAAGGAGCCCGCAAUGUGCUGAAGUAUGAGCACAAAGAAAUGGAGUAUUUGGAAACAGUGAGCUCUCGCCAGAGUGACAUCCAGAGAUUCAUUGCAGAAGGUUGCAGGGAGGCUCUCCUUGAAGAGAAGAGGAGGUUCUGCUUCCUGGUGGACAAGCACUGCAGCUUCACCCAGCACAUGCACUUCUACCACGGCCAGUGUGCGGACUUCCUGAAAUCCAAGCUGCCUGGGUGGCAGGAGAUCUGCAGUGAUGCCACCAAAGUGCCUGAGAAAGUCCAAAUGAUGAUCGAGGAGAUAAGGACACCUGGUUCCACGCCGCAGCCGUCACCCAUGAUAGAGAGAAACACUAUGAUUGGAAAUGAUUUUUAUCCUCACUAUGAAAACGCAUCCAAGGUGCCCCCUGCUCCUGCGGGGAGGGCGUACACCAGCCCCCUUGUCGACAUGUUCAACAACCCUGCGGCAGCUCCAAAGACCUCUUCUGAAAAGCUGAGCAGCUCAGGAGAGAAUUCAGAUGACGCCAGUUUAUCGCGCUCAACUUCUGUCGCGACAGGACUAAACAUAAUGAAAAGGCAAAAAGUGAAGACCAUAUUCCCCCACACUGCGGGAAGUAACAAGACCCUGCUCAGCUUCGCACAGGGGGACGUCAUCACGCUGCUGGUGGCUGAGGAGAAGGACGGCUGGCUCUACGGGGAGCACGACUCCACCAAAGUAAAAGGAUGGUUUCCAUCGUCGUACACCAGACCACUAGAAGAAUCCACAGAAGAAAAGGCCUUUGUUCCAGAGCCAAGCCCUGCUCCGAUCCGAAGUAUUAGUUCUGUAAAUCUUGUGGAGAAGGGUGAUGUUGUCCUCCCACCGCCGGACUAUCUGGGGUCUGUACAAACGGAUAAAAGAGUGGAGCCUUCCAAAGGUGCUGCUGGUAAAACACCACCCGACAGAGCAGACAGCGCAGGCCCGAAACCUGAUGUGAAUGGCAUUAUAAAACCACCUUUUCUAAGUGGAGAAAAUCCGUUUGCAACCGUGAAGCUCAGACCCACAGUAACCAACGACAGAUCAGCACCCAUUAUUCGAUGAACACGCGCUCCGCACACCCGCACCUCCUCCUCACAAACACCCUCUGCAGCAAUGACAGUUACUCGCUCAACUUGGUCUAAACAUGUAUUUAAUUACUGUACAAUAGAAUCAUACCCGAAUGGAUCCUGAUUUUUUUAAAAACUUAAAACUUUCUAAUGAGUUAAUGCUUCGGGCUAACGUUUGAGCACUUUGAUUUUACAGCAUGCCUUUUUCUGUAGUAGUAAUUGUGAGACUCCUGGCGCUAGUUUGGAUGCUGUAGUGACCCAGUGUAACUGCUAGCUCUCAGCUCUGAGCCUCUGGAAACACAGUGGUAAGUUCUAGAAUACAAGCCUGCCUAUGCCACUUACCAAAUAAGAAAAAAGAUGAUUAUUUUUUUUUCCAAACAGAAUAACGUAACAACUGCCUUAUUCCAGAAUAGAGAAUUGCCUGUAUAAAGUGAUUAUACAUUAUUUUGUUUAAGACAGACACCCUAGGUUAUAAAUAAAUAUUUAUCCUUUAAGAAUAGACAAUCUGUAAUGCUUUGCUUAACAUUGACAUAGAAAUUUUCAAGUGUUAACACAAACCUUUUUUAAGUCUCAUGUUGUACUCUCAGCACAUUCUUCAAUGAUAAUUUUUUCUUUAAAACACACUGUUGAGCUUUAGUCUUAUAAAAUGUCAUAAUAAAACAGUGCCAUGAUUUUUUUCUCCCAUGCUAACACAAAAA